AGCCCGGCGGCGGGGCCGUGCCGGAGCUGAGCCAGGCCGGUGUCGUGGUGGCCGCGUUCCCGAGCCAGGAGCUGCGGGCCCUGUGCCAGCGGAUCAGCUCAACCCCGGGAUGACGAGCGCCGUGGCAGCUGAGCGCCAGCCGGGGCCGGGACCCGGAGGAGCCGCCGGGGCGCGGUGCCGCGGCUGAGCCCGGUGAGCUGUGCCGGACCCCCGCGCCGCCGGGGCCAGCAGCAGAUGCUCCUUACCUGGCACUCGGAGCCACCGGGGGCCCUCGCCGCGGCUGAACAACGCGGAUGGAAAGCUGCAGCCCGGCAGGGAGCCUCGCUGGCCGGCUGACACCAUCCCGCGCCCUAUGCCCGCGCCCUGUGCCGGAGCGGGCGCCGUCCCCGGCUCAGCCACCCACCGACCAUGAAGUGCUCAUUGCGCUUCUGCUUCCUCUCGACCGCCUUCCUGCUCGUCUUCGUCAUGUCCCUCCUCUUCACCUACUCCCACCACAGCAUCGCCUACCUGGACCCCGGCGGGCUGAGUGGCAUCCAUCGGGUGAAGCUGGUGCCCGGCUACGCGGGAAUGCAGCGGCUCAGCAAGGCGGGGCCGUUCCCGCGGGGCUGCUCCUGCCGCCGCUGCCCCGCCGAGGAGCCCGGGGCCACCGACUGGUUUGACGGGCGCUACGACGGCAGCGUGUCCCCCGUGUGGACCAAGGAGAACAUGGACCUGCCGCCCGAUGUCCAGAGGUGGUGGAUGAUGCUGCAGCCCCAGUUCAAGUCCCAAAACACCCACGAGGUCCUGAGCAAGCUGUUCCAGAUCGUGCCGGGAGAGGAUCCCUACCGCUCCCGUGACCCGCGGCACUGCCGCCGCUGCGCCGUGGUCGGCAACUCAGGCAACCUGCGCGGCUCUGGUUACGGGCCCGAGAUCGACGGGCACGACUUCGUCAUGCGGAUGAACCAGGCCCCCACAGUGGGUUUUGAGGGCGAUGUGGGUGGUCGGACCACACACCACUUCAUGUACCCCGAGAGUGCCAAGAACCUGCCCGCCAACGUCAGCUUCGUGCUGGUGCCCUUCAAAACCCUGGACUUGCUCUGGAUCGCCAGUGCCCUCUCCACUGGCCAGAUCAGGUUCACGUACGCGCCUGUGAAGCCUUUUCUGCGUGUGGACAAAGAAAAGGUACAGAUCUACAAUCCUGCCUUCUUCAAGUACAUCCACGACCGCUGGACGGAGCACCACGGGCGCUACCCCUCCACUGGCAUGCUGGUGCUGUUCUUCGCCCUCCACGUCUGCGACGAGGUGAACGUCUUUGGGUUCGGCGCCGACAGCCGGGGGAACUGGCACCACUACUGGGAGAACAACCGCUACGCGGGGGAGUUCCGCAAGACGGGCGUGCAUGACGCCGACUUCGAGGCGCACAUCAUCGACAUGCUGGCCAAAACCAGCAAGAUCGAGGUUUACCGGGGCAACUGAGGGCUGUGCCGCCCCCGGCUCCCUGCUCUGCCGGGUCCUGCUGCCCGCGGGGGGCACAGGGCGAGGGUCUCCCUGCUGGCCUCGGGCGACGAACACCAGUUGGGCAGCGCCCGCCCACAGAGCCACCCCAGCGAUAUUUGGUGCCUCCAGCAGCCAAUCAGGUUCAGAGCUAAAGGAGACUUUUUGGCUUUUUUUAAUUAUUAUUAUUAUUAUUAUUAUUAUUAUUAAGAAACCCAGCUGAGAAAG